AGGAAUGGCCAUUUAUUUAUAGUUAUUCCCUUCCUCUCUGUCUCUCAAACCUAAAACUACUUUGUCACUGCAGAGUUUGAAGAAUCAUUCAUUCCAUUUCCACUCACACCUUCUUCUUCUCCUUCUCCUUCUCUCUUUCUUUCUCUUUCUCCUCUGUUACUGUGAAAUGAGAGAGAAUUCCACUCCAUUGACACAGCUAAAGAAUUGCUUUUGGUGUAAGAUAUUUCUUUCUUUUUCCCAACACAAACACAUACACCAUAAUCCCAUCAAACUAACUCUCAAUUUCAUCAUUUAAACACUGUUUUCCCCCUUCUCAACCCGAAUCAUAAACACCCUCUUUCAAUCUGAUUCUAUCUUCUUCUAAUUUCCACUUCUUUCUUUUCUUUUUCCUUUUUGGAUCAACACAACACAACACAACAAUGUUGGGUCUCCGAGAUGUUCUGUUUAUAGCUCCCACGCCUUCUUCUCUUCACCAACAGACCCAAAUCAUAUCUUCCGAUCAUCAUCCAUCUCUUCCUCUCCCCUCCUCUGCCGCUCUCGGCGUUAGCGUCGGCAUUUUCCCCCUUCUCACUGCAACUCCAUGUCUCCCUCCGCCGCAGCCCCUGCCUAAUCAGACGGCUGACGAUGUUACCGAUCGUAGUCGAAGUUUGGAAAAUCUGAAGAGAACCCAGGAUUUUGGGUUUGGGAAAGGGGAUUCGUUGAUGGGCGGUGCCGGCAAUAAUGUCUCCGACGAACAAGUGAAAGGCGAUGCCGGGGAUGGGUCUAUGGCAGUGUGUAGGGACUGUGGGAACAGAGCAAAAAAGGAGUGUGAGUAUCGGAGGUGCAGGACUUGUUGCAAGGGACGUGGGAAUCAUUGCUCUACGCACGUGAAGAGCACGUGGGUGCCGGCGGCUCGCCGCCGUGAGCGGCAGAUGUUGGUAGUGAUGGACGGCGUCGCCACUGCUAGUGGCGACGGAGGGUCUUCUGGUUCUUCUUCUGCCGGUGCUAAAAGGCCUAGAGUUUUGAUUCCUUCACAGAGUACCGCCGCCGCCGCCGCCGCUUCCACUUCCAAUGCCACCACUCCCCGGAGCUUUGAAACAACCUCUAGCCAUCAAGAUGCAAGCUUCAAGAAGUCAUUACCAGGGCACGUUCGGGCUCCAGCCGUGUUCAGGUGCCAUAGGGUGACUGCCAUUAACAGUGGUGAAGGUGAGUUAGCUUACCAAGCAACAGUCAACAUUGGUGGUCAUGUCUUCAAAGGCUUUCUCUAUGAUCAAGGAGCUGAUGACAAAAAUGCAUUCCCAUCUAUUUCACACCUCCAUUUGGAUAGUGGUAACCACCACAGGGAUUAGACAUUUCUUCUCUUCUUUCUUUUCCAAAUCUCCCUCUUUCACUCUCCUCCUCCUAAUGACUCGGUCUCGGCCACUCGAAAAAAAAUAGGAUAUCUCUGCUAGGUUUCAAAGGUCUGUUAUGUCAUCUAUAAGUUCUAUAUAGUUGUUAUCAUGGUGGUAAUGCAAUGAAUCUUGCACUGAAUAGAACACAAAAGUGCAUAGUUGUAAUAGAAUUUUUCUGUUCUAUAGUUAUUCUAGCCUUAAGCUAGGUUUAGUGUAAGAUUUCUCAAGUUCAAUGAUAGUUGGAUAUUAAUCUUCUGUAUAUUGCUAAGAAGAUGUGUAACUUUCAUUUAUCCAAAUAUCUGCUGAAGCAAGCCAGCUUGUCCUAUCUCAUAGCAGCUGUAUUAUAUGUUGGAAUACAAGAGUUCAAUCUCUUCUUUGCC